GCUGCUUUUUCAUUCAAAGAGUAUAAAGUAGUACCAACGUUUGGAUCGAUAUCUGCAUCGAUCUGCCCACCCUUGUCUCCUGGAUCGUAGCUGAGAUCAGCGUGAACCACGUGGGUCUCUGCUCCCUGAUCUGUUUCCUGUGUUUGGAAAGAGUUCCAGCUUCAUCACGGAGUUUCUCUCGGUUUGUGGGCUCAUCUAAAGCUGAUCAGCAGGAGGAGAAGAGUCUGACGGAGCAGCAGAGGAACAUUUUCAGCCAUCUGGACUCAGCUGAGUCACUACAGAGGAAACAAUGAGCUCAACACAGAAGGACCAACAUGGAGCGAGAAGUCAGAGCACUCAGGAGGCCGACAAACCUCACAGAAGAAAGAGAGAGAAAACAUACACCUGUGACGAGUGUGGGAAGGAUUUUAGCCAGCCGGCAAACUUAAAAAGACACCAGCUCAUCCAUAGUGGUGUUAAAGAGCAUACUUGUGACGAGUGUGGGAAGGAUUUUACUGGGAAGGAUUCACUAAAGCGGCAUCAGGUCAUCCACACUGGAGAGAGACCGUUCAGCUGUGACUUGUGUGGAAAGACUUUUUCUUGGAAGGAUGCUCUAAAAAAACACCAACUCAUCCACAGUGGAGUUAAAGCCUACAGCUGUGAUCAGUGUGGCAGAGCUUUUACUCAAAGUAGCCAACUACAGAAGCAUGUAGUUACCCACUCUGGAAUUAAGGCAUACAGCUGUGACAUUUGUGGAAUAACUUUCAGCCACAUAGAGAGCCGAAAUAAACACCUACGCAUUCACACCAGACAUGUUGUGUACUGCUGUGAUCAGUGUGAUAAACAGUUUAUAACAGGCACAGAUUUACAACAACAUAUGUUUACCCACACUGAGGAGAGACCUUAUAAAUGUGACCUGUGUGAGAAGACUUUUAAAUCUCCACGUUACCUGAGACGACACCAACAGAUCCACACCAGAAAGAGACUCUACAAGUGCAGUUACUGUGAGGACCAACAUGGAGCGAGAAGUCAGCGCUCUCAGGAGGCCGACAAACCUCACAGAAGAAAGGGAGAGAAAAAACACACCUGUGACAAGUGUGGGAAGGAGUUUACUGGGAGGACUUCACUAAAACUCCAUCAGGUCAUCCACACUGGAGAGAGACCGUUCAGCUGUGACUUGUGUGGAAAGACUUUUUCCUUGAAGAGUACCCUAAAACAACACCAACUCAUCCACAGUGGAGUUAAAGCGUACAGCUGUGAUCAGUGUGGCAGAGCUUUUACUCGCAGUAGCAACCUACAGAGGCAUCUAGUUACCCACUCUGGAAUUAAGGCGUACAGCUGUGACAUUUGUGGAAAAACUUUCAGCCGGAUUGAGUGCAGAAAUUUACACCUGCGCAUUCACACCAGACAUGAUGUGUACUGCUGUGAACAGUGUGGCAAACACUUUGCUAAACACACACACUUACAACGCCACAUGUUUACCCACACUGAGGAGAGACCUUAUAAAUGUGACCUGUGUGAGAAGACUUUUAAAGCUCCACAUUACCUGAGAGAACACCAACAGAUCCACACCAGAAAGAGACUCUCCAAGUGCAGUUACUGUGAGAAGCAGAGCGACACAGAUGGAUCCAGUUCUCAUUCCUGUCACCACUGUGGUGGUGGGAAAGACUUUCGUUGUGACCUUUGUGGGAAAACUUUCAGUCACCAAUACACCCUAAAAGUACAUCAACGUAAACACACUGGAGACAAACUGAAAUACUGCAAAGAAUGUGGGAGAAGCUUCACCACAUCAAGUAGAUUAAAACGCCAUGAACUGAUUCACAGUGGGGUUAAAAAGCACCUCUGUGAUCAGUGUGGGUCAUCCUUCAUUACUGCAGGUCACCUUAAAAAACACAAACGAGUCCACACAGGAGAGAAACCAUUUAAGUGCAGAGACAGUGACAAAAGCUUCUCACAAUCAGGUAAUCGUAUUUUUCAUGAAUGUACACACAUGGAAGGAAACUACAGCUGUGACCAGUGUGACAAGAGCUUCAGGAAUCUCAGUUCAUACUCCGAACACAAACGAUCCCACGUUACUAAUAAACCGUUUCACUGUUACCAAUGUGCCCAAACAUUCACCUCAUUGUCUGCUCUGUACAAACAUCAGCGUGAUCACUCAGGGCUGAAAUCACUCCCAUCACAUUGAAUCUGAAGAGACAGAAAUAUCCUCUUGAGGUUUGAGGGUCAAAGUUAACGUCAAUGCUGACAUCACGAUUACGUGAUUAAAAAAUUUUACACAAUUAAUCCGUUCUGGAGCGCAGAAUGACUCAAAAUCCCUGAAAUGUCUCUGUCAAUGCAUUUUAGACAAUUUGUCCAAAGUUUGUGCAUUCUGCGCUCCAGAUGGGUUAAAAAUUGUAAUCGUGUCAAUCUUGAUGACAGAGUUAACGUUGACAGCAUAUAUGUAAAAACUGAGUGUGAGGGCCCUCGGUGCGCCUGCUUGCUGCUGUGCUGAAGUCUCACACACAACCUGUCAAAAGGGGAGGGGGGCGGGCUGCUUGAUUAUGAUUCAUAUUGUCACUCCAAGCCUAUUAUGUAUUAAUUCUUUUUCCUGGGUUGUGUGAAAUCCCAGAAAAAAACGACACAUCUGCUUACCUGGUAUUGUCCUGAAACAAGAUAACAUUCAUUAGUAGGGAUCGAGAAAACUGCUGUUUACCUUUGUUAGCCACUUGGCUAUGAUAGUAAACAGUAGACAGACAGUAGAGACUGAUGUGACUUAUUGAAUCUUUUGGACUGUGUUCAGCAUAAUAUCAAUGGGCCACUAAUU